UCCUGUGACACGCUCAUUUCUGUCUCAGGCACAGGAAACCCCUAAACUCUCUCAGCCUUGCCCCAGCGCCUGCACACACUCUCUCACACACCUCUGCGUGCUCAGAGAUGAGAAUGGCUGUACGAAAAAUGAAUGAGCUCUGGAAAACGAUGGGUCUGGCUUUAAUGUUCGGCUUUCUUUUGCUUCACAGUUGUCGGGGACAGGACCCAGCAGAUCCAUUAGCAACCCCGACAGCAGGCCCGACAACAAACUCGACAGCAAACGCGACAACAAACUCGACAGCAAACGCGACAGCAAACGCAACAGCAAACGCGACAACAGGCCCGACAGCAGGCCCAGCAGCUGCAAACCCAACUUCUGGGCCUGCUGUUCAAGAAACACCUGACCCAAGCCAACCAGGUUCUGUUGACACUACUGACAUGGCACCUCGAUUAGCUGCCAACGCUGCUGAUGCCAGCCUGCCUACAUCUGUACCAGGACAAUCAGAAUCCACAGACCCAAUGAACUCUGAUGUAAAGGUGAAAGAAAAAAUAAUGAUGGCGAACAAUCCAGUCUCAAAUCAAGGUUCCAUAAUUACAAAUCCGAAUGAAGAGAAAGAAAAGAAUGUUGCCUCUGGAUCUUCUCCUGCUGUUUUCGUGUCUGUGCUGGUGACCGGCUUACUGCUUGCUGCUAUAAUAGUCGGCAUAUACUACUUUAAGUGCCAUCGCCGAACCAACGGCAAAGGCAUGAAACUGGCUGAGGAGUCUUACAUGGCUGACGAGGAGAACCAAGGCAACACUCUGGUGUCUGUGGCCCCUCUAAACCAACCCGAGCCCCAGGAGAAGCCCAGUCUUAACGGAGAGUCACAAGAGGCAGUUAAGGCCCAAACUCCUCCUGCUGCCACCAACGGCCACUCUACCACCAAAACAGCAGACACUGAGCUGUGAACAAGCCAACCUGCCACCAAGGGUCUGGGCGGAACGCUUAGUCCCUGCUUCUUAAACCCAGCUCAAUCUACUGCAUUGACCUUGGCCAUAAGGCACAAGGGAGACAAAGACUCAAAUUCCCACUGCAAAAUAUUCAAUUUAAGUUCAUACAGAACAACUUCUGAGGCAAACUGGUCAAGUAAUCCUCCUCCCGAUCUAUCAAAAUAAAUGUACACGUUUCAAUACUAUAUGAAAAUUUGUUGUACGUUAAGAAAGCAGUUGUAAGUGCCAGUUAUGGCAGUGAUGAUUUACACAAAGAACAUUAUAUAAAUUCAAUCAAAAAAAAAAAAAAACAUUUUAGUCCAAGAGGUUCACCCUUUCAGUAUAAUACAGUACUGCUGUGGGGUGGGGGGACCUUUCCCAUGAGUCAUUGCUGGCUUCCAUAAGAGCAGCCAGGGCUGGAACGGAACGUCGGGAGGAUCCUUGCUCCUGUCCCAGCGCUCCACAGCUUCCAGCUGAGAGUAAAUCACAUGACACCAUAAAGAAACAUUCAGAAUCCAAUGGACGUGAGUUGUGUUUUUGUUUGCGACGGGUUGUUUGUGUGUUUCUAGAUUGUAUGAAAUGUUCUAUAUGUUUGUCUUUGUGUACAGUAUGAUUUGACUAGUUAAUAGUCUUGUAUAAUUUUGUUAAUAUCACUGCAUGACAAAGUAAUGAUUCCUGGAGUUGCUGAGCCUGAGAAAUCAGUUCAAGCGUCAAUCCAUCAACUUCAUUUCAUUGCUGCAAACAACCCUUAACGUACAGUAAAAUCCAACCAAUUAGAUAUGCUGCAAAGCCCGUUAGUGCUCAGGGUGACAGCUAAUUGUUAUCUGACAUUUCUGGAUUGUGUUACAGCUUUACCGUACUUUGUAAACCAGUAUUAUGCUCUUUUUGUAAUAUUUUUAUUCUAGACAUUUAGAUGGAUUGAAUGACUGACUUAAUCGUUUCAAUGACCUGCCUUAAUUACUAGAAGUUUCUUGGGUGGGUGCAUUUUAUUUUGUAUCUGCAUUUGCUACUACA